UAUCGUCAAGGUAAUCGUUUGUGUAUUUAUAAAAUGCCAUUUUGUUUUUGAAAUCGGUAGUAGCUUGUCGGUAGUCCAAAUUCUUUCGACAAAAUUUAACAGUAAAAAUGUCCAAGAUCUCUAACAAUACGCGUAAGCUUGCAAGAACGGUGUUUACUCUUCUGAAAAAAUCCGGCGGCCUAACUUUGAAACGAUUACACGAGUGCAUACAAACUGCUCACCCGAAAGAUCAUGAUGUUGAUAAAAUUACUACAGUCCUUCAAAAAGCGGCAGCGAUAGGAGCUAUACAAAAGAAAAAUAAUAGAUACACUUUGGGAAGUUUAAUAAGAAAUCGUGGACAUCGUGCAGCUACCAUUGCCUGUAGAGGAAGAAGAGGGCGACGAGGAAGAAGAGGUCGAGGUAGAAGAGGUAGAGGAAAACGCAGCCGAAGCCGAAAGCGAAGCCGCUCUAGGAGAAGAAGCCCAUCUAGAAGAAGGGGAUAGUCAAAUUUGUAUUGUAUCAUGGUGAUUUGUUAGUAAAGUGAGCGUUUCAGUAUA